GGAACGCACGCGCGAGGCAUGUCGUCAGACGGCGCCGUGCGUGCGUGCGUGUGAGUGAGGAGGCGGCGCGGCAGGGAGGUCACGUGGUGUCAGAGCGGAGGAGCCGCAGGUAAGGACGGUGCUCGUCUGGCGGGCGGCGGGAGGAGGAGGGAAAGAAACCGGAAAGGGCGGCGGAUUAGAGCCGAGCCGGCCGGGAAAUGGGAGAGGGCACGCGGGGGGAACCAGACGGCCUUCCCCGGGGCUGCUCGCGCCAUGGCCUCACCGCGGCCUAGUAGGCCCAUGGAAGCCUCGCGCUCUAGUAGGAGAACUGGCCGGGCAGGGCCGCCUGACUGUGGGCAUGGUCUCCGCAAGUCCCCGGUCUGAGUCCCGUGUACCGGACCCGGUGUAACGGAGUAUCGGGGAGGGGAUGGAGGCCGGGGAGGGGACACUCCGCUCACACCGGGACUCGGCACCGAGAACCCGCUCUGCUGGCCGCGCUUUGUUCACUCGGCCACUGAGUGGGCGAACACAGAACUCGCCUAUUUACCACAGAGCGGAGUGCCUGGAAUUCGGCGAUAAUCUCACAUUUUAGGUUUAAAAAAAAAUCUGGGGGGUUGAGGGGGGAGAAAUCUUUCUGUUCGGUUUUUAUGAGCUGUAAUUUUACAUUCUUGUAAAAAUUAAAUAUCUGUAACAAUGGGAAGGAUCCACACUCACUGGUAACCAUGAAAGCUGUGGGUAACUGCAAAAUUAAAUAUCUGUAACAAUAGGACCACGCUCACCAGUAACCAUGAAAGCUGUGGGUAACUGCAAAAUUAAAUAUCUGUAACAAUGGGAAGGAUCCAUGCUCACCAGUAACCAUGAAAGCUGUGGGUAACUGCAAAAUUAAAUAUCUGUAAAAUAGGAAGGAUCCAUGCUCACCAGUAACCAUGAAAACUGUGGGUAACUACAAAAUUAAAUAUCUGUAAAAUAGUUAGGAUCCACGCUCACCAGUAACCAGGAAAGCUGUGGGUAACUACAAAAUUAAAUAUCUGUAAAAUAGGACCAAGCACACCGGUAACCAUGAAAGCUGUGGGUAACUGCAAAAUUUAAUAUCUGUAAAAUAGGAAGGAUCCACGCUCACCAGUAACCAUGAAAGCUGUGGGUAACUGCAAAAUUAAAUAUCUGUAAAAUAGGAAGGAUCCACGCUCACCAGUAACCAUGAAAGCUGUGGGUAACUGCAAAAUUAAAUAUCUGUAAAAUAGUUAGGAUCCACGCUCACCAGUAACCAGGAAAGCUGUGUGUAACUGGAAAAUUAAAUAUCUGUAAAAUAGGACCAAGCACACUGGUAACUAUGAAAGCUGUGGGUAACUGCAAAAUUAAAUAUCUGUAAAAUAGGAAGGAUCCACGCUCACCAGUAACCAUGAAAGCUGUGGGUAACUGCAGAAUCAAAUAUCUGUAAAAUAGGAAGGAUCCAAGCUCACCAGUAACCAUGAAAGCUGUGGGUAACUGCAAAAUUAAAUAUCUGUAAAAUAGGAAGGAUCCAUGCUCACCAGUAACCAUGAAAGCUGUGGGUAACUGCAAAAUUAAAUAUCUGUAAAAUAGUUAGGAUCCACGCUCACCAGUAACCAGGAAAGCUGUGUGUAACUGCAAAAUUAAAUAUCUGUAAAAUAGGACCAAGCACACCGGUAACAUGAAAGCUGUGGGUAACUGCAAAAUUAAAUAUCUGUAAAAUAGGAAGGAUCCACGCUCACCAGUAACCAUGAAAGCUGUGGGUAACUGCAAAAUUAAAUAUCUGUAAAAUAGGAAGGAUCCACGCUCACCAGUAACCAUGAAAGCCGUGGGUAACUGCAAAAUUAAAUAUCUGUAAAAAUAGGACAGUGCUCACCAGUAACCAUGAAAGCUGUGGGUAACUGCAAAAUUAAAUAUCUGUAAAAAUAGGAAGGAUCCAAGCUCACCAGUAACCAUGAAAGCUGUGGGUAACUGCAGAAUUAAAUAUCUGUAAAAAUAGGAAGGAUCCACACUCACCAGUAACCAUGAAAGCUGUGGGUAACUGCACUUUAAUGUGUGAAAAUCUUAUCUUUAUUGAGUAAUCUCCGAGCUGCAUGACUGUUAUUCAGGGUUAGUUAUGAUGAUGAAUUGUCUUUUAAACAUGUUGCUCUGUGUAUGUAGAAAGCAGUCAUAAUAGGAAUAUACCAGCAUAGGAACCAUGAGGAUACCGUAUAAAGUUGCUGAAUGGGUAGUGGAGGAGUAAUGCAAGGAAAUACUCUUUUCAGAAAGUUUACUCCAUACCUGAAAUAGUCAUUUAGGGCAAGUAGGCAAGGCUAAAAACAGAAUUGCAUGCUUGGUACGUACAUCAAGCUAUUUUAAGAAACAAACUAAUAAUUUGCUCUUGAUUUUUAAUAUGGAUUAAAUAGACGGUUUUAACGGGGUUUUGUACAUAAAAGUUGAACUAAUCUAAUCCAGUUGCCUUGCUAUAAAAUCUAAUCUAUAUUCCAUUAAAAUCUAAUCUAUAUUAAAAUUGUAAUGUAUGUUGCUCCACUACAAUUUAGGUCGAACAUUAGUACAGUUUUGCAGAUUAACACAUGUAUUUGUUUUAGGAUUAAGGGGAUGUUUUGUUUGUUUUUAAUCACCAAUUUAUUCUGUUUAUAGUUUCUUUUAAUUAAGUGCCAGACUCUAAUAUUGUCGUAUUCAGAAUGGGAUUUUAAGUGUUUUUCAGUGUGUUAGUUUUUCACUUUUAGUCCUUGCCUCCAGUACAUAGAUUAAAAACGUCUAUAAGCUUUGUUCAUCUCAGGUUGGCUUAAAUUAACUUCAAAAGUUUGUGGGGGUGUAGUAAAACGAGAUUUUUUUUAUACUGUCUCCUGCCCUCCUCUUAUACUAGUGAGAAGCAAAAAUAUUUUUCUUUGUUUCCUGGGAGCAAUGUGCUAGAUGGUGCAUCAUAUGCAAACAUCAUAACCACUGCAUCCCACUAUAGUGGUUAUGAUGUAAAGAGUGCCCUGUUUUCUGAUAGUGCAAACAGUUUGCUCUCUUACCUGUGUCCCCUCCGAGGGUUCUCCAGUAGUCAGCGACGGUAACCAGCUCUUGCAAAAGCUGUAAGUCAUUCCUGAUUAUCAUUCAUUGUUAAGGGCAUCAGCUUGCUGCUUUCAGCGAUGUAUGCUAUUGUGUGUAGGAAUAUGCAGAGGAUUGACAUUAGGCAACCCAGAACUCUUGUUCCACGCUAUCUAAUGAUGCCCCAAUGACUGUGCCGGAGGUGGAGUUACACCUCUGGCAGCAAAUUGGUUCAACUGCUUAUAUGCAAUAUUUCAAAGUAAAACACUGCACAUGACUGCUGGCAUGAAAAGUGUGUCACUGAUAUUUUAAUUCCAAAUAAUAUGAAAAUCUAGUUUUUAAAUUGCACAAUUGCAAGUAGUUAGAGUAAUUCUGAUUCAGACACCAAAAUAGACCUAGUCAGCUGUCUGACGAAUCCCCUCUGUAACAGCAGUUCCUUCCAUCUUGAUUUCAUUUCCUGCUCAGGACUCCCAUAUGUCUAUUCAAGGCAUGUGUGAGCACUCGGCAAAUUUUGCUUGAUGGUUUUUCCAUCUCAACUAUCCUUGUGGAGUGGGCCUUCUAACUGCAGUUGCUAAUGCAAGCGUGAUAUUUCUAACAUUGGCAGUAAAUUGGGUCAUCUAAUAAGCCGUGUUUUACCUUAUAUGAAGAGCAAGGUUGCAACGUUCAAUAAAUCAGAAAGCUGUCGAAUGAAAGGUGAAAAAUUUAUAUUACAAUGUUUUACUCAUCUUCAAAAAUUGGUUCUCUACAUUUGAUUAGUCAGUGCCAUCCAUGUUUUGAGUUGAUUUGAAAUUACGACUUCAAAAAAAAAUACAGCACAUUGAGGUUUUAAAAGCUGGCGUAUCCAGUCAACAACUCAUCUGACUCUUACCUAGUACCUGCUGCCUGGUUAAACCCUUCUCAUAGUGUGUAGCCAAAGAGGAAGGAAGCUUCUCAUUGCUGUGCAAGGUUAGGCAGAUACUUUGGAAACCCACUGCUACAUUAUCCAAUCAGUAGAUAAGAAGCUGAACUUCUCAAUGUAACUACUACAAUGAACUGUAGAGCACAUCCCUUUAAAUCUAGAAGCUAAUAGAGACCCAGUGGUGCAUGAUGGCCUUGUUAAGAUUGGUCUGAACUACUGAAGUCCUUGUCUCAUGAUGGCUCAACUAAUCCCUGACAGUGGCUGAACUGCUUUAAAUGCUAUCAUUUUGCAGUUUAAUAGUGAAAAACUAAACUGGUGCUUAAGUUGAAGUCAUUAUUGUAGCAAUAUAAAAUGAGGUAAUUUCACACAGGAUUUUUUAUUCAUCUCUAUAAAUCCACUAAAUUAGUUGUGGUAUUCACAUUUUCAUAUUUUAAUAGGUAUAACCAUGAUUAAAUAUCUUGUCCAAUGCAUUUUGAAUAGGGAGCAUUGUGUUACUUGACUCGGUUCAUCCUAUUUACAAGCAAUUUUCUGAGUGUAAUACACAGUAUUUGGAGCUAGUUCAAUACACACCCAGCCACGAGAAUGGCUGACAGUACCUGUAAAUAAAUAAAAAUUUUAAAAAGUCUCUAUGUGCAUGUGCUUGACCAGCAAGCAUCAUAGUCAAUGCACCAUCAGAUGCAUACAUACAGUAAUUUAGUAGAAGUAGCUGUAUCAAAAUAGUAAGAUUUAACAAACAAUAAAUUGAACUUGGAUACAGAGUGUAGCGGAUGACAUUGGGCUGUCCUCAGAAUUAUGUGUAAAGUGUAUGCAGCAUUCGCUGAUUGUUCGGUAAAAUCACUCCAGUUAUUAUGCGAGUGAAACUACCGAACAAUCAGACCACCACAGGAAUAAGUGUGCCUCCAAUUACCAUUCGCAACACAGUGGUUUAAUUAUUUUAACCACAUGUUAUUCUCAAGCUUAAACAUUUUCUAGCCCUUUGACUAGCACAAAGUAUAGGGCAAACACAAUCAAUUUAAAUAGACUUUUGCCAUGUUAUGCAAUUAGUGGUUUUAAUACACCAGACUAGUUUCCGGCAAUUAAACAAACUGGAGAAGUUUGCAUUCUUUUUCAAGGCAGGAAUUCUCCCUAGGAAGAUGAUAUGGUAGAAGAUCAGGGUUCUAAACAGAGACUUUUUUGUAAAUUUUGUCAAAAAAAAGAAGAAAAAAAGUAAUUGUCACGUUAACCAAUAUUGCCCUAAGCAAUUUAUCUUUGAGCUGUCUGUAACAUGUUUGAUUCCAUUAUAAUGUGGUCUGGUAGUUCUACUCAGGAAGUGUUCACGAGCUGGGCAAGGAGUUAAUCCACUUAUGUUUCUUUUCCCGUUACAGAGUUGUACUUUGUAAAUACUGUUAUUUGUAUAUACUGUAAAUGAUGACCUCGGUGGCCACAAACCGCGCCCGGGGUAACUGGGAACAGACACAGAAUCAGACGCAGCACAAGCAAAGGCCACAGGUAAGAACUGGUCCUAGGGAAAGUGAUGUUCUUGAUCAAUGCUUAUUGGUGCAUAAGGCCUUAUUUAUAUAUGUAGUUUACAUUUAUUUUUAUUUAUUUUUUAUUAGGCCACCGCAGAGCAAAUCAGACUUGCACAGAUGAUUUCAGAUCAUAAUGAUGCAGACUUUGAGGAAAAAGUAAAACAGGUAGGACCCCUUUACCUGCUCUUAGCUGCAGCCAGGAUAUUGGAAUUUAUGAAAUGUGGGCAAGGUGGAGCGCGUGCUUAAUGUACAUUAUAAUGUUCCACUUCUGUAUUAUGGAUAUCAUGUUAUUGCUGGAUCCAUUUCAAGCUUUCGAUGGGGCAUAGGUUCUAUUCUUAACGUUGUGAUUUGAAGGCUUCAUUGGCAACUGUCACAUUUACUGUAAAUCAAUUUAUUUACAUUACUAUACCUUAUCUGUUGCAGUGAAAUGGUUAGAUAUUAGGUGUUUGUUUUCUCAGUUGGUUACCAUGGUUGCAGUAAUCGUCCCAACAGCCAUGUUUCCCAGACAGUUGAAUCUGUUUUACAUGUUAACAUAAAAGGACACGCCUCCCUUUGAAGUCUGUGAAGCUGCUGUUCUAGAAAGGGUCAGUAGCAGACAUCUGCCUCCUAUUUCAGGAACAUGCUCCACCAAUCAGAAGACUCUCUUUCGGUCUUAUCUUAUAAACCAGACCACUGUAGUUCAGCCUCAUGAGAUGAGUAGAACUGCUAAAUGAGUUGACAAAAACCAUUACUGUGGUUGCUAUCUGUUUAAUUGGUUCACAUUUUUGCAAAAGGGGCUCUGCAAAGCAUUGACUUGACCUGUUGCUGUAUGCUUAUGUUGAAUAGCAAAACAGGAAGGACAUUCUUAGGGCUAUAACUUUUUUUUUUUUUCUGCAAAUCUCAUUUGUAAGUCAUUGUUGCGUGGGACCUUACAUUACAACCAUAGCAUAUAUGUUAUGGUGCACAGAGUAUCUUCAUACUUCUCUGAAAUCACUUGUCCUUAAUGGACAAUCUAAGCACAAUUACCUCAUCAUCUCACUAAAGUGGUUAUGGUGCUUGGAGUCCUAUUGUUUAGUGUUUAGCAGUUUGUCACUAAAUGAGGGUUACUUGACUCGGUUCAUCCUAUUUACAAGCAAUUUGGAGCUAGUACAAUACACACCCAGCCACGAGAAUGGCUGACAGUACCUGUAAAUAAAUAAAAAUGUUAAAAAGUCUCUGUGUGCAUGUGCUUGACCAGCAAGCAUCAUAGUCAAUGCACCAUCAGAUGCAUACAUACAGUAAUUUAGUAGAAUUAGCUGUAUCAAAAUAGUAAGAUGUAACAAAUAAACAAUAAAUUGAACUUGGAUACAGAGUGUAGCGGAUGACAUUGGGCUGUCCUCAGAAUUAUGUGUAUUCGUAUGUGUUCAGAUAAUUUUUGCCAUAUGUAUGUAAAGUGUAUGCAGCAUUCGCUGAUUGUUCGGUAAAAUCACUCCAGUUAUUAUGCGAGUGAAACUACCGAACAAUCAGACCACCACAGGAAUAAGUGUGCCUCCAAUUACCAUUCGCAACACAGUGGUUUAAUUAUUUUAACCACAUGUUACUCUCAAGCUUAAACAUUUACUAGCCCUUUGACUAGCACAAAGUAUAGGGCAAACACAAUCAAUUUAAAUAGACUUUUGCCAUGUUAUGCAAUUAGUGGUUUUUAAUACACCAGACCAGUUUCCGGCAAUUAAACAAACUGGAAAAGUUUGCAUUCUUUUAGCAUUUGCAUUUCACACGCCGCCAACACUGGAGGUGUGGAAGAAAACGUUCAGAUGACACUGCCACCCUUAGCUGUUCGGGUUGAUGUGGAAAUAGCAGAGCGGGUCCAAGUUGCGUGGAUCCUCAUUGAGAGUUAUACCAAUCAUAAAUGUUUCAUAAUGUACAUCCCUGCUCUGUUUAUCUUUGCAGCUAAUUGACAUCACAGGAAAGAACCAAGAUGAGUGCGUUAUCGCAUUGCACGACUGCAAUGGGGACGUCAACAGAGCCAUCAAUGUCUUGUUGGAGGGAAAUCCAGACACUGUAAUUAUAAUAAACUUUGAAUUUAAUCAGUGUUUAACUUCCAUUGUGCAAAACAAUGUAAUAAACCGAAUAAUAAGACUGUGCUCCCUUCUGUACCACCACUUUAUAGGCAAAGUUUGUAUUCUCCCGGAUAUUUAAAUUAGGCCUUUUAUCCCUACUUUUUUCACUCUAAUCUCAUGUUGUCUAUAGAUGAUAAAACUGUGCUGUUUAGAUCACAAUCUUAGCUACAGGAUAUAUGUUGUUCUUUAGUCCUCCUUUAGUUAAAUCUCCCAUUUAAUAGAAGCUGCUUAUGCCAAUUAACUUAUUGGGUAAAAUAUCUCUAACUUUUGAUUUCUUUGCAUAUGGUUUUUGAGAUGAGCUGAGGCCAUUCUUCAGCCUUCUCUCAUCAGUAGCCAUCUUUCUCCAGAGGUUUCUUUGGCACACACAUUGCUUGACUGAGCCACACCAAGUUGUUUAUAACCUGUCAGUGAGGUGAACAGCUUGGUGAAGGCUUUUAACUAAAAAUGCUAUAUCCCUAGCACGCCCUAGGAAUGUUUUUAUUUUACUUUUUCAUCAUCCAAAAAACUCAGUAGCUGAGUUUGCAAUCGUCAAAUGGCCAUUCAUUUGUCCUUUCCGUAUGAAAAUCUUCCUUAUUCACAGCAUUCGUGGGAGAUGGUGGGAAAGAAAAAAGGAGUUUCGGGACAGAAAGAAGUGGGGCAGACUGAGCCCAGUGAAGAGGGGCGAGAGAACCGAGACAGAGAGCGAGAUUACAGCCGGAGACGCGGAGGAGCUCCCAGGAGAGUCCGAGGGGCCAGCCGUGGCAGAGAGUGUAAGUCACAUUAAUAUCAGGCAUAAUUUCAUGAAGAAUGGUGUCCUGUACAACCCAAUAUUCAUCCAUUGAGCCAUGUGAAAUUCAGUCUACAUACAUGACAACAAUAUUUAAUUCUUAUUAAAGUUUUGUAGCAGUUGCAUGUUGAUGCAUGUAGCACUUUAGUUUUUAGUUGUGAAGAAAGUGUUUGUGUUUGAAAUUGCUCAGGGUGCACCAGCACUAGAAAAAGAUUAGUAAGAUUACUUUUUUCCAGUGCUUUUACUUAGAGCGAGGGAGCGGGGCACUAUAAUGUUAGGAAUACUGAUUUUAUAUUCCUUAUGCUGUAGUGUUCCUUAAAAUGUAUGUGCAUUGUGGAUGUGUACCCAACUCACUUAUCUUUUCACUACUCUGUGCAAGAUAUUUAUUCUGUAUGCUGUAUCUGAAAUUUUAAACAAUGAACACGUCAGGACUUCUACCUGGUUGUUAUCACAGAACACAUGGUCCUAUAUCUUGACUUUCCUCCAUGCAUUUUGCAUCUACUUUACUGCAUGCAAUGUUUUGUCUUUCAGUCCGGGCACAGGAGAAUGGCUUGGAAGGUGGCAAAACUGGUGGUUCAUCUGGCCGAGGCACAGAACGGGGGAGGCGGGGUCGCGGAAGAGGCAGAGGUGAGAUAGAUUGUGUGAUUGUAGUUUGUAAGAAAAUUUGAGUACAAUGACAUAGUACAAUCCAUAUAAUGCGCUGUCCCAGGAAUCUUAUUCUAGAGAUAUUGUGGUUAAAACCGCCUCAUGAUGCUUUCAAUCUAGUGUUAUGACAGAAACCCAAUAAGUUUGUAAUCCACAGCUGAAAUGGAGAAGACUGUCUUUGGUACCUUUUACUAAAUAUUUCACUGCAGAACAGAGACUUAACCAUUAACUAACAUGUGGAGGGUUUGUCCAAGGAACUUACAAUCUGUAGUGCAGUGUCUGUAGUUGGGAGAUGAGAACUUCCUGCAAUGUAUGUUAAAGAUUAAUUUAUGUUUCCGUUACAGGAGGCUCUGGAAGGAGAGGAGGUCGCUUUUCUGCUCAAGGCAUGGGGUAAGUAGUGAUUUUAUUCCUGUUUUUUUAUAUAUAUAUAUAUAUAUAUAUAUAUAUAUAUAUAUAUAUAUAUAUAUAUAUAUGUGUGUGUGUGUAUUGGAGAGACAAGGAAACUGGAUUCUAUUUCCAAGCUUGUCUUCUAUUUCAGGACAUUUAACCCUGCCGAUUAUGCUGAGCCUUCCAAUGCCGAGGAUAGCUAUGGAAAUAACAGCACAUGGAAUAAUACAUCCAACUUCGAGCCUGACGAUGGAACAAGUAAGUAACACACAUCAGGCUGUUUACUGAGGAUACGUAAUGAGCAGACUAGAUGAGUUAUUCAGUUCUUGUAUGCUGAAUGAAGACAGGUUGUGAUUUCUCCCCACUGAAGCCACAAAGCCCUUUCCUUUAUCGUUUCUGUUUUGUACUAAUAAAGACACAAGACCUAGUCUUUGUCUUUUUGCCAAUGGAACCAAACACUGUUCCUUCUACCGUUGCCCAAUGAAAUGACAGGACAUUGGUUUUCUUUCUACUGCACCAUUGAAUCUACAAGACCUUAUUGUUUUUAGCAAAGCCACUAUGCCAAAUAUAAGUCACGGAUUGUGCAACUGACUCCAAAAGGGCCAGUAUAACCCCCCCUCCCCCCAAUUCACCAAUAAGGCCACAACUCCGAAACCUCCUUUAAGUGUUACUCUGUUUCUGUAUACAUUGCAUUUUCAAUGUUUCCAUUAAUAGUCAAACUGCUCAAAAUCCCUUUUUUGACCUCCUCUGUUUGUGAUUGUUUUGUAUGCAAAUAGAUCCUUACCCUUUGUUCCUUGGGGUCAUUUAAUUAUAGAGGGUGAAAGAUAAGAUGGUAAAUCACAUCAGGGGAGGAGAAAACAUAGGAGAGAAAAUCAGCACUUGCCUCAAUCUGACUGUGUUUUUUUCCCUUUUUGUUUCAGGACUUGAUUACAUUGGGGGUGAGGGGUCAAAUUAUCCCCGAAAAUUUUCCACUGCUCCUGGUAUGACACAUCCAGGUGCUCACACAGCCCCUGAUAACCCUUUGAUUUUAUUUCUGAUUUUAUUUCUAUUUGCUGUGUGUACGUAAUCUUGCCCUUCCUGCACUUUUAAUAGAUGCUGCAUCUUAAAGGAGGGAAGCAGGUUUAAGGGAGAGACAAGUGCUAUAGCAAGAAUCUAUAGUGUCACAUUCAGGGGGAGAGUGCUGUGUCGUAGUAGAGCCUUGGCAUGGAUUACCAACCAAGAUGGUAGCUUUUCACAUAGAUUUGAAAUCUUGCAGAAGACAUCAGACUUAAUAUUGAUCAUGUAAAGAAGUCUGUGUCUGCUUUAUGUGUGAUUUAUUUCUGGUAACAAUCAGGUGGAGGUUGGACCCAAUGACUUGACGUUGUGUGAUGUAUUAUGAUGUGUUCAAGCAUUAUUAGUGGCUGUUGUUCAUCUUGUUCUUUGCUGUUUUCUUGGGCAUAAAGUGUGAGUUGUGAUCAUGUCCAGAAGAACAAAACAUUAAAGGGACACUAUAGUGACCAAAACAACUUUUGCUUAAUAAAGUAGUUUUGGUGUAUAGUCUCAUUGUUCCACUUGACGCUGUUCGCCAUUUAGGAGUUAAAUCACUUUGUUUAUGCAGCCCUAGUCAUACCUCCUUGCAUGUGACUUAUACACUUCCUGUAAAGAGUCAUGUAAUGUUUACACUUCAUUGCAAAUUCUGAUUUAAUUUAGAAUGUAUUAUCUUGUUCUUUAAUAGCUUGGUAGACCCUACAUGAGCCUUUUGUACGUGUUUAAAGUUCAAUUUACAGAGCAGGAGAUAAAAACCUUUAAAAUAAGUUACAUCUGAUUGAAAAUGAAACCAUUUUGUUUUCAUGCAGGCUGUGUAAGUCACAGCCAGGGGGAGGUGUGGCUAGGGCUACAGAAACAAAAGUUAACUCCUAAAUGACUGAGCAGGGAGACUUCAGAGGUAUGAUCUAUACACCCAAACGGCUUCAUUAAAAAAGCUGUUUUGGGGCUGUAGCUUCCCUUUAAAAAUAUAAAAUAAAAAUGAGAAGUUAGAUUUUAGAAAACAUUGAGUUACAUGUUCUGUGUGUUCUAGCAUGCUUUUUAUUUUUUUUUUAUUUUUUUUUAAAUGUUACGUCGGUAACCAUUUCAGUGAUGUAAGGUACCAGUUUCCCUCUCACAGUAAUUUGAUCCAGCCCUGAAAUUUACCCUUCUAAAUGCAAUUUCAUUGUGCUUAGCACAUAGCUUUCUGAUGACUGUUAACAUUAAAUUGUUCUUGUAUAUCACUGCCUAAUAUAGUAGAGGAAAUUGAAUUCUGGAAGGGGCUAACAUGCAUGGUUUUUACCUAUGUCCGUAACGCAGGUACAUAGUAUUUUGAAUGUGCCUUAAAGAUGAGUUGUCCAUUUAAACCUAGAAUAAAGAUUUCAAAGUUAGAACUAAUAUGGUUAUUCACUAAAGGGAAAAUGGUCAAGAAAUCAAAAAUGGACAUCAACUAAAAGUAAGCAUUGCUUGGAAUUAAAACAUUUAGAACAAAAUAGACACACACAAAAAGUCUGUUCUGUUUACAGUUUUGAUUUAACAAUUACUCAUUUCAGUGAAUAACCCUGAAUGUGAAUUUAAAAUUUAAGGCCAAAGUGGCCAAACUAGAAACAGAGCUGACUUGGAGACAUUUUCUUUAUUUGGCUUGUCUUGCCUUAAAUUUUCAAUCACAUUUUUAAUAUCACAUUGUUUAAUGAACUUUUUUUUUUCUUGUGAACUGAACUGAAUCGAGGCUUUCAAUCUAUGAUUGACCCUCAUUGUAUUGCAUUAGUUUUCAAUGAGACGUUUAUAAUUAUAAGAUCCAAGAUCUCAGACAAGCAACUUCUUUUUAAUGGGCCUUUAUCUGUAGCUUCAUGUAUGUAUUGGAACUAGCCUUGUGUAAUGCUAUUUAGUGUGUUAGAGAAUGAGACCUGCUCAAAGCACAGUUUGACAUACUUGUCCUUUAGCACAGGACGCACUCCCGUGAAUCUGCCUAAUCUAUAUCUUUCCAUAGGAGACUUUUGUACUCGCUGCUUUAGAGAAUCAUUGUUUUACGUUUUAUACAGGUGGAAAUAUGGUGGUGCAUAUUAGAGAAAAUACCAUUUACUGCCACCAUGCUUGCAGAUGUUUCCGUUCUAAUGUCAGAAUUUAGCAGUUUUUGUUACUCUCAUUUGUGACAAGAAAAAAGAACAAUAAUCUCUUACCAUACUUCAGGCCUUACUGGACUUGUUUCCCAUGAUCCUUUGCCGCCGUUUGGUGAGACUGUCUGGCAAGGAAUUUGUGGCAAUUCAAGGCCACUAGAAGCCGGAGACCUACUUUUGAUUAGAGUGGUCCAUUCUUAUCUUGUGUUUUGUUUACAACAAGGUUUUCUAAUUCCUUGUGUCUGCUGGGGUAACCCUCAAAUUCAUUAUCUAAUUGAUACUGUCGAAUUGCAUAGCAUCACUUUGACUCUUGUUUAGUGAAUGGGGUAUUGUAUAUCUAAAUAAUAUGCGAGUGAGCAGGCAGUGUAUUAAUUGGUGUUAUGUAUUGUUAUGACUGGUUAGGACUCUUCUUGAAUGAUAGAUUCCUUCCUGGUACUUGUCUCGCUGGGUAAGCUUCUGUUGACACUCUCUGCUCCAUUUCCCUGUCUGUUAGGUGCCUGGAGGACAGCCACAGAAGAAUGGGGCACAGAGGACUGGAAUGAAGAUGUAAGUUACUGCAAUAAUCUGGGGUUUCUGAAAAAACAAAACAAAAAAGAUCUGUAUUGAUAGAAAUCAUAUAACUAUCAGGAGACUAUUUCAAACUUAAAGAAUUUGUUUUAUGGACGUUUUUAUAAAAAAUUCAUUUCUCAUUCAAUGCAUUUGCGCUCUCAUAGUGUGCAUUAGUAAUUAUGCCACCAUUUCCCUGAAGCCGUACCCGAGUUCUGCAUCAAACAUUUCUUGAUUGGUCUGACACAGACUAAGCCUCAUUUUUGUUGUUUUUGCUAAUUCUGUAAUUGUGAUUUCCCUAUAUCAUUUUCAUAUGCAUGCGGAUGGCAUUCACUGACUGUUGUCAGCUGAAUCAUACUGAGUUGAUAUCCAAUUGGCAAAAUUUACGCUACAAUUCAGUGGUUUAGUGUUGAACUUUGUGCUUUUUGAAUUUUUUUUUGAAUCACAAAAACGGCUAGUUUUUAUUUGCAGCCCAAAUAUAAUAUUUGAAAGCAAACAAAGCACAUUGGCAGAUAUUUCUGGGUGUUGCUUACACUCCAAAUAGUCUGGCUUCUGCACUUUCAUGGAAUUACAUCAUUAUGUAGGGCUGUUUAAUAGCUAGGAAUUGGUUAGUUUAUGUAUAAGAAUGGCUCCAGUGUAGACUCUGAAUAUUGCUUAUUUCGCUUUUAUUUAUUAAAUUCUUUCCCAUAUUCAGCUUUCAGAGACCAAGAUUUUCACAGCUUCUAAUGUAGCAUCUGCGCCUCUUCCUUCUGAAAGUGUCACGAUCACUGCUGGGCAAAGGUGAGUCCCUUGACAAUGUCUCUUAGACCCGUGCACAGCCGCACACAUGUUAUUUAAAACUUUUACUGUUCCUUCUGCAGGAUUGACUUAGCUGUAUUGCUGGGGAAGAGUCCUUCAUCUCUGGAAAAUGAGUCAUCUGGUCUUGAGUCUUCUCAAAAUGCCACCUUAUCACAGCCUCUUGUGUUCAGCAACUCCAAGCAGAGUCCAAUUUCCCAGCCUAGCUCUGUGACCAGCUUCUCUCACCAUAACAUGGUACGUUUAAUUGUUCUGAAAACGUUCUAGUAUCAUUUUGUCCUGGUUGUCUGAAAAUUCCUUUAAUGUGAUGAUGUGUGUACAGUACAUCAAAAAUAAAUUCUUUGUUAGGAGACGUAUAGAAUGAAACAUUUUCCUUCAUCUCUACACCAGUUCAAACAACUAGUAAGCUUGACAACACAACAUUUGGUGCUAAUAGAAUGUCCUAUUCACAUUCACAGGUCAGCAUGUUGAGUAAGAACUUUGGUGAUGGGGAGUCCAAAGGUGGUAGCACCACUGGCUCUCAGUUUCUAGAGCAAUUUAAGACGGCUCAAGCCCUGGCCCAACUGGCUGUGCAGCAUUCCCAGUCUGAAGCCACCAGUAGCACCUCAUGGGACCUUAGUUCUUCAACGCAGUCUCCCUCUCUUGGUCAAUAUGGUAAGUUUGCUCGGGGACUACAUUAGAAUUUUUCUUUUAACUAUUAUGCAUUUUAUUGUGUCUGAAGCAACUUCUAUAUUGGGUUUGUGAUCUCCACUAACAGUGCCAUACUAUCAAUUUCAACUCCGAAAAACAGUGGUGCCCUGCAUACCAGUAGACCCUUUUUAGCUGAAUUUGUAGCCAAGAAGGGGGGACAGUGUAUGCAAAAUUAAUGUGAUUUUGCUGUGUGAUGUCAGACACCUUCAGGCCUGAUCAUCCUGUGGCAGACUUACAGCUCUGUUUAAAUAAACAAUAUUUAUUGCAAUAUCCUGCUUAAAUCUCUAGCAAUCUCUAGAAUGCACUUAAAGCAAACUCUUAAGGUGUUCGCUAGUCUGAAUAACUGCCUUCUUAUGUUUGUGUCAUAACUGCCUUCUUAUGUUUGUGGAAUUGAAGUUGCAUCUAACUUUUCUUUAUUAGUUAUUUGUAACACAUACCUUGGCUAUAUCUGUGCAGAACUGAAAAGCUCUUCGGAUCCAUUCAACAAACGCCAAGGCUUCCCUCCAGCCUCUGCAAUGAUGGAGGCUUACCUGCAGGAAAAGACGCCUGCAGUCAGUGUGCAAUCAGCCGUACCAGUGUGCCCGUCCUCACCUCUGCCCGUAAAGCCCACUUCUGCUCAACAAAUGUCCCCAGGGUCAUCUGAAAUGCAGUCUGGCAGCCCACAGCCAGCCCAGCAAAAAAUGAAGCAACAGAAAAAGAAGGCUUCUCUAACAUCUAAGGUAUGCUGACACACAUCCACACGUAAGGGGCUUAGAAUGCUGGAAAUGAUGCUUUGUAAAGAAUGGCUUCUGUGGACAUGUGCCUCGACUUCUGGAAAGUCUUUUCUCGUUGGCAGUCUUUUUGGGUUUAAAUCCCUUAAUUAAGCAUUUUCUCAUUUGCAGAUUCCAGCUCUUGCCGUGGAAAUGCCUGGGUCGUCUGAUAUCUCUGGGCUCAACCUGCAGUUUGGGGCCUUGCAAUUUGGCUCCGAGCCAGUUCUACCAGAGUAUGAGAAUUCUCCCACAACCAACGUGGCUGUGAGUCAAACUCAGAACAGCUUGUACACCAGCCCCUCAAGGUAGAGUACAGCCAAUAUGGGGAUAUUAACCAAAAUAUUUCCUAAAAUAAACACCAAAUUGAGUGCUACCAUGUCUCCUCUGUUUUUCUUUAUACAUUAAUUUCACCUGGUAAACUUAAACAAUAACAAUGGAAAUGUAUUGGUUUUUGUUGAGUGUGCAUGGGGUGUUUGAUUUUCCACUUUUUUUCCCCUGUGUUUUAAAGAAUCCAUUAAAUUAUUCUGCAUAUAUAACUAAUAAAAGCUUUAUAGGAUAAACCUCUUGUCUCUUCAAGUCUUCACUUGCUAAAUGCGUCCUCUCAGCCUUUUUAUUUCCACGUCUCGCUACUUGUCUUGUAGUUCAUACAUACAAUAUUUUCAUGAUAAGGGUUUGCCCCCAGUUUGUCACGUGAGACCAUCUCAGCAGAAUGACAGCUGCUAGUUAUUAUGGGCUGCCCUUGAACACAGCCUCAAGGUCACACACUUUUCUCUUGUACACAACAGUAGACUCUUUCUGGCUGUGUCUGUAGCCAUUAAGGGGGGACAGCUUGUGUGACAUUAACGGUGCGUGUGGAAAAACCAUCAGGUAUCCUUAUCUGUUGGACUUCUGCAGCACAAACACUUGCCUUCUGUUAAACUGUAUCACAUUUCUAUCGAAAUUGCAUAGGUAUUAAUUGGCAAAGUACUUUUUCUUGCAGUGAAUCAUCCAGCUCUGUGGUGACUAAUCAGAGCUCGGAGUCUGUUUAUCAGGGCAGCAGUUCACAGACCGCAACGUUUACCUCUCAGAGCAGCUCACAGGGUCCUCUUUACGAACAGAGGGCCACACAGACCCGACGCUACCAGAAUCCCAUCUCCUCCUCAUCCUCUUCCUCCCCACAGAAGGAGCUUAGCCAGUCAAAGGUGAGUCUAUGAAAUAGAAUAGCAUUGUAACUGAGCUUAUCACCUUCAACAAAUCAUCACAGGCUUUCCUAUUUAUAAUAACGCAUUUGUUAUAAGUUGAUCAUCAAAUCAAUUAAUUAAGUUUAACCAUACAUGUCGGCUCCAUGGUGCUAUGAUAGUCCCUGACUUUAAUUGCCACAGACUAAAUAUUUCACCCCAUCAUUCCUCCCCCGCCACUCCAGACAAAGUUAAAUUUUUUUGUAGCCUAUACUUUGCACUUUCUUAUCUAACUGUGAUGGUGUAAGAAAGUAGUUGAAGGUAAAUUUGAGACUAGUUUCAGUUGUAAUAUAAACCUUAAGGGAAUAGCUUAGAUAUCCCCCCUCUCCAUGCACACACAAACAUGCAUUAAUGGGGCAGGACUACACAGCAUCCAGAGACCAGCCAUAUCAUUAGUUUGAGAUAUCUUGAGCCAUUUUGUGGUCCUGUUUUUAAAUCUUUCUGAUGCUCAUAUCAAGUUUUAUUUGUUUUUUUGUUUUUUUCUGCAGAAUGGCUUCAGCUCUGUUCCAGCUGCCACAUUGCAGGCAUCUGUAUCAGUGGAAGGUAAGUGCAUCUGAUUUUGUUUGUGUGUGUGUGUGUACAUAUAUAUAUAUAUAAUAUUUCAGGAGCCAAGCACGCCAGUAGACCCUUUCUGACUGCACAUAGACUUAAAGGGGGGACAGAGCAUGCAAAAGUAAAAAGGGCUUUGCAAGUUCAAUCAGGGAUAUCCAUAAUACCCGAUGAUCUUGUAGAACCCACACAAAUUGAGCAUUUUGAAAAAUUAUAGCUACUCAUUAUAGCAGGCGUGUCGAAUGCAAUGGAUAUUUGGGUAUUCCUUUGUUUUGUUUAAUCUUGCCCAUUACUAUCCACAUUAAAAUAACAAUGAGCAACAGUCAAGAAGUAGAAACAUAAUGUAAGCUGUAAAUUGUGUUCUAAGCAUUUAUCUUUUUUUGUUUUUUUUAGCUCCCUCUGCAACUUCUGUAAAGGCAGAUUCACCCUCUGCCAGCAGCAUAGUUACCCUCAGUGACUCUGCAUCUUCUUUACUGACUACCGCUGGGCCACACUCUUCCCAAAUGAGCACCCUGAGUCACACCGAAGAUCUGCCAAACCCCAGCGUCAGCACACAGCUCAGCAGGUACUUCGUCAUAGUUAUAUUGGUCCCAAAGAAGCGAUUCUGCUCCAAGUGCUUUAGUUAAAGAAAACCAUAUUUUACAUUUGGGCAGAGGAAAACCAGCGAUAAAUUCUUGUGUGUCCUAUGAAUAGCUUGAUGCAAAAUGUAUCAACCAAAGGAUUCUCAUUGUCCUGCUUUUAAUGGUGGUUCUGUAUCCAUCUACUGACUCAUUUGGCUUUUAAAUUUUUUUUUAUUUAAAUAGGCGUCAGUCUUUUUAAAAAAAAAAAAACAAAUGUCUUUGUUUAUUACUGCCUUGAAUAGUUCUUCCAAUUACAUAAUGCCAGGGAGCGGCAAAGAGAGUAUAUGUAAAGAAAAUGAGUAAACGUAUAAGAUUUGUAGCUUUUGUAUUAUAAAGAAAAGCUUUGUGUCUCUAAAAACACAUUCCAAUAUUUGCAGCAUGUUUUCUGCUUCACCAAUGUAGCUGCGUAAUAUAUAAUGCAAUUUUACUAAUUUUAUUUUUCUUGUGUAGUAAAUAAUGCACUUUUAUUAAAUUUGUUCACUUUUCUUUUCACCUCCCUAGGCUGCAUGUAAGUGGAAGGUCUUAAAACCAAUCCGUCCUUAGUUAAUGGCAGAUUUAAAUCUUCUCAAUGCAUGGAACCUAUCCUGGUCAUGUCCAAGCAUGUCAGUCUAAUUCAUUGGGACUGGUUUUCCAUAUCUGUUUUAUUCCCAGUACCUACAUGUCAAAUUACUUUUUUGGCAUGUAGAUAAAUAUCUUACACUCUGCACACUGCGUUCCUGCAAUCAAAGGAAAAGUUGUAUUUCUUUAGACAUUUGAUAUCUAUUCUGGUUCAGGCAAGACUAAUAUUUAUAUAAUUUUACCCACAGUACGUUAUCUUCACAGCAUCAGACCUCUGUACCCAUCACAGUGAGGACGUCUGUCUCUACUCCCCUGGUAAGUCAGUUCAUCCUUAGGCUGUUGUUUAGCAUUCCAGUAGACCCUUUCUAGCUCACUCACAUAGCUUUUAAGGGGGGACAGUGAAUGCCACAGCAAUCUGGAUUGGCCUGCUGGCUUUCAUCCUUCUACUAUUGGCUGAUUGCUUUGCAGCAUCCAGACAAUUGCCUUUUUUCUGGUAUGUCUUGUUUUUUUUAGAUUUCCUCUUUAUGAACUAGUAUGAAACUUUUGGCUGUAGCGGUGUGUAGUUACAUGAGUCUUGUAGACUCUUAAACCGUAUAUUAGAGUUUUUCAAAUGUUGUUAAAUGUUACUAGAAAUCCCACUUUUUUUGUGUGUUUUUUUGGGGGGGUGUGUGGAUGGGGGGAGGAAUUCCUUCUGUGCUCUAGGCAAACAUUGAAACAAGCAAGUUUUAUCAAAGUUGUAGAAUAAGUAUUUUCCUUGGCAAAAUACUCGUUAUAAUGUAACAUGGAAAGUAGAAAAGCACUCGAAUCCUCAAAGGUUUGGUCAAGACAAGCCUGCUUUUUCAUAUGAUAUGAUGCAUAUUUCAAUAUUCAGAUGGCUUGCCUCAAUGCAGAUUAUAUUGAAAUAUUGGGAGCCUUGUGUCCCUGGCACUCCCUCUGUCUGAGACAGGCCAUAUUUUCAUUCUUUUGUCUUCCUCGUGUGGAGUGCAGGGUGUGUUUACAUUCUGCUCCUGUAUAAGCCGCCAUUUUUAUCCUAUUUGGGAAUGUUUAUCGAUUUUUAUUAACUCUCGCUCUUUUGACCCACAGCAUACGAAUGUGGAAAGUGAAACUAGCUUGCACUCCUCCGUUACCACCUACUCCACCGCCUCUAGCAAUGUUCCCACCGCUCCCCCGGCAUCUUCCUCCUCUAGCCUGAAUGUCAGCAGUUUGGGGCUUGGGCUGAGCAGUAGCUCCAACAUCGUCCCAUCAACGCGGAGCUCCAUCGCUACCACAUCAGGUACUUGUUUUGGAAUGCCCGUCUCUAACUGUCCAAUGCGUCUUUACUCCAGUGACUGUUGAUCCAUAAAAAAAUACAAGUAUUUGGCUUUUGCUAAACGAAACAGCCAAAGUAGGUACUUUACUAUGUAAAUCGGGGAGGAUUGGACUCCGAUUGGAAGAACUAAACUGUAUUGAUAACAUUCAUUAAAAAAAUGAAUUCCCUGGCACCCUCAUUCUUUUCAAGAAACACCACAGCACAAUGUAGUGAUUAUGGUGCCAGGAGUACCCACCAUCCCUCAAAUUAUGCCUACCCCAAUCAUUUUAGAAUUAUUUAUGUGCAUGGGGUCUACUUACUACCCCUACCUUCAGUAAUGCUAUUGAAGAUCAAUUCUACAGCAGUUUGACUACUUAAAAUGGAGAUGGCGCUUGGGCACCUCUAGCACCACAACCACUACAAUGUGUUAUGAUUGAUAUGGUUCUUGAAGUGUUCCUUUAGUGACUGCAGUCAUAUUGUAUUUCGAUGAUGAAUGGUGAUUUUUGUAUUAUGGGAAUGAAUUUGUAGUUGUUCGGUGCAGUUUAGAUAUUUGUCCAUUUUACACUGCUCAUUUCACCGUUCUUGUCUUGCAGGUAAAGCACCUCCAAAUCUUCCCCCCGGAGUUCCACCGCUAUUACCAAACCCAUACAUCAUGGCUCCUGGUCUGUUACACGCGUAUCCCGUAAGUGCCUGUUUGUGUUAUGUUGGGGCUGGGGGGGGGGCAGACUUGUUUUGCAUGCCAGUUGACCCUUCCAUGCUUUUUCAUGUGGCUGAGAAGGGGGACAGAGCAUGCAAGAUUAUCGUGGAGUUUGGAUAAGAUGUGGUCGGAUCAGUCUGGCCUUGUUCUUUCCAGCUCCUACAUAUGUCGAUUGCUGUCUUAAAAUAUCUGUUUUCUGGGUUUUGUGCCGUACCACAUGUACUGCAGAUUCUCAUUCGCCUAGCUUUACCAUUACCGUUAUUUAUAUAGUGCCAACAUACUAUGCAGGGGCUGAUCAUUGUCAUGCAAUAUCAAUUUUUUUUUUUUAUUGUAUAUCAAUGUAUUUGAGUCCCUACUAACAUUAUAGGACCAUUCCACACCCAUAAAGCUUUUUGCUUGCUGAAAUGCUUCAUGGUAUGGAGUAUCCCAUAAUACUGACCUUUAUAAAAGUGACAGUUUUUUGUUUGUUUCUUAUAAUUUGGGUAGUGGAGUGUUCCAUUAAUUCAGAUCUGAGUAGAACUAUUGAAUAAACUAUUAAUACACAGUGCUAGAAGUUUGCAGACAUCCUUCAUGCUCAAUCUUGACCUCUGCACAGCUUUUUUUUUUAUCAGCGCGAAGCCUGUGAGGGUGGUUGCUGGUACUUAUGUGCACUGUACAAUUGUUCCGUAGAGGGAUUGAGUCAAGUGUAGUCUACUCCACUAGUGUAUCUGCUAAAAGGAGAAGGCUUAUAUCUCAGAGAUCAACAUUAAGAAACCUUGCUGUGUUUGCCCAGGCUAAUAUGUUUCUUUUCAGCCACAGGUUUAUGGUUACGAUGACCUGCAAAUGCUGCAGACAAGAUUCCCCUUGGUAAGUAUUUAAUCUAAAUCUUCUCGCGUUUUCCUCGUUUUGUUUUUCGAUGUUUGCGUGGUUUUGUAGAGGUCUGUAAUUACGUCCAAUUUUCUCAUUUUAGGAUUAUUACAGUAUCCCGUUUCCCACACCCAACACUCCACUCACCGGAAGGGAUGCCAGCCUGACAAGUAACCCUUACUCAGGUAAGUAAUGUGUACUUCAUUCUGCUUUACUGGAUCUGACCUUACUGCAAAACCCUACCCUGUCUUCUGGCGUUUUCCAGGGUCAAUGCUUUAAGAAGGAAUUUAGACAUGUCCAUGCCUGCAGCUUGCAUGUUGUAUAAGCAACCUCAUUAUAGUCAGUGACACUAAUGCAGCAGACCUGCAAUACCAAGACUGCAUACUACUCCUUUAAGGGAAAAAACCUGGACCCCAUGCAAAGGGCCAGCUUUACUUAAAUUACUUAAAUAGCAGCACUUGGUUUACAUGGCUAAUACAUCUUUUUAUUUUUUUUUAUUCAAGUAAGUGUCACUAUUUUUGGGUGGUUGCCCUUUACCGUGGAGUGUAGGUUUGUCUUUUUUUCUUCUUUUUUUUUUUGAGAAUUUCUCACUGGCUGUCCGAUAUAUUGAAUAUACAACAUUAUUCUGAGGGGAAUUAUGGGUAAGGGAGCCAUAUGGAAGUGGGCUCUAAACAUGGAAAAUUAAAAUGACAGCACAAGCCAAAUUGAUCAUUUUAAUUCAUUCUAUGAAUAGUGCAUUUAAAAUUUUCUAAAAACAAGAAAUUUAAAAAUAAAAUGCCUGCAAAAGCAGUCUGCAAGAUUAGUAGCUAGCUCUCACCAAACUGGAGGAUAAAAUGCUGACUAUAAGUCUCUAUAGCACUACUGAGUGUUUUUAUAUAAACAUUGACAUAACUCUUGCAGUGCAAGAAUAAAAAUUGAUGGUUCACUUUAAAAUAAUUUUUCUUUGCUGAAUUAGGGGGCGUGCUAGUUUGGGCUUUUGAGUUGUGUUUAAUUGGUUCAACAGUAUAUUGUAUGAUCUUUAAAUACUAGUUAAGUCCGUUUCCUUGUUUGAGGCACAUCCUAUUGCAUGGAUAAAAUGAAUUUUGUUAGAUGACUUUGAAGAGUGCUAAUUAAUUUUACAAUGUAUUCUGUACAGGAGAGCUUGCUAAGUUCGGCCGAGGAGACACUUCUUCCCCUGCUCCAGCAACAACGCUGGCACAACCCCAGCAAAGCCAGACGCAAGGUCACCAUACAACGCAACAAACAUUCCUUAAUCCGGCCCUGCCACCCGGAUACAGCUACACCAGUCUGCCCUACUACACCGGGGUACCGGGUCUACCCAGCACUUUCCAGUAUGGGCCCGCCGUAUUCCCAGUGAGUGUGCAUUUCAAUAGUAACCAGUGACAUUCAAAGGGCGGGUCGUGGUUAGCAGACAUUUGGGGGAAGUGACGCUUCACCAAAGGCACCUUAAAAAUAAAUAAUAAUAAUUAUCCUUAUGCUGAUUAUUAGAUUAUCUCUCCCCCGUUUCUGUUUAAGGAACACACACCUGGCUUAAGGGUUGUUGGAAGCACCCUUAAGAUUUGAAAAAAAAAAAAAAAAACCUGCGAUGUAUUAAUUUUGAAAGUAUCCAACUAGUUGGUCAUUAAGACAUCAUCAGAUCCUGCAUUGCACAGACUUAUGUUGACUUUUCUGGAAAAUGGAGCUUAAUGCAAAUAAAAUGGAUGCAGCCCUCCAGUGUUUGAGUUUAGAUUGCAAGAAAAUCAAAAAUUAUGUUUUUGGGUUAUUCAUUUUUUUUUUAUUUUUUUUUUGUAUGUGUGAGAGCACUAUUAUAUAGAUUUGGUAUUUAAUUCCUUGUGGGAAAUCUGUUAAUCUGCUUCAGAAUGUUCGUAUUUUAGCGUAUCAGAAGUACGGUUUAGCUGCUUGUCCUCUGCAUCAGACAAUUUAGAGGAUUACUCGUUUUGAUACCCUUAUAUGUAUUUCCCUGCUUGACUCAAUCAUUUUGAGGAGUGGUUUGGUUGUUUUUUUGUUUUUGUUUUUUUUUUUAAAUAAAUUGUCCCGUUCACAAUCAUAAAUUAAAGAUACAGAGUCAUUUAAUAGCUGUGAAUUUGCACUGCAAACUUCAGGGAUAGAUUUUUUUUUUUUUCUUCCCUUACAAAGUGGUUGCUCUCAAGUCAGUGUUUGCCAGGGGUGGGGGGCCUGGAUUAGGGUUUCGUGAUCCGCAGUAGAACAGAGGAUUUAUGUUGUGACCUUUCUGAGCUGUGUUCUGGAUUUGUUUGAGUUUGGUUCGUAGUAUGUAAUAUCAUUCAGCUGAUUUGCUAGAAAUUGGUUCAUUUAGGUGAACUGUUUGGAAAAUUAUAGGAGUGGCAUAGGUACAACUGCAUCCCGUCUUCUUCAGAGACCUCCGGAGGACAGCCUUGUAUGCACAUCACAGCACGGAGGAUGGAAUUCAUUUUCAUAUGCUGUUACUUUGACGACUUCACUGAUGGGAUUGAACUGUCAAGUGGUAAUCUCGUCUUCUCUCCACGUUUGCUAGUUAUUCUGGUUAUGCAGUGGAAGAAUCCUUGAAAACAGUCUACCUACUUUUUUUUUCUUUUUUUUUUUUUUUCGAGAUCGUGUAUUCUGUCUGAACCUCAAACACAGAAUGCUAAUCUCAAGAUCCCAAGUUUUACUGCUAAAGAUUAGAAUAUUGUACUAGAUCACAAGAUAUUAGAGACAUGCAGUUUAGAGGACAGGGCAUCAGCAAUUUGCACAUUGGGAGGGUGGGUGGCUUGUGUAGGCCUUACUACUAGAUCUUUGACCACUGUCUUAAAAUACCCUGCUGUUCUCCUGUUUUUGUAACCUGUUUUGUUAUAUUUAUAUCUAUUUUUUGUGCCUGAUUGUAAAUAAUCUUGAUACUUAAUAAAAGUAUUUUCAAUAAAAGCUGACAAUGUGCUCUCCUCGAGCUGUCGUCCUCCUUCCUGCUGCACUUGGCAGCCUUCUGCUGAUUUACUCCUACCACAAAGCCUGGCUGUCUAGAAACCAGCUGCUGUUUGGUCCUGUUGUUUUUGUGUGUGUUUUUUUUAAAAUUAAAUUAGUUUUAUGGACGUUUUUAGUUUGUCUUCAUCAUAUUUAGUAGAGAAUAUGCUCCAAUGAGCCUCAUAAACUUCUCUGGGGGUCACUUAUGUUUUAGUUAUAAAUUUGAAAAAAUUCAGCAACUGAGUCCUGAGUAAUUUCAUUGGGAAUUUUAACAUAGAUAUUUUUUUUUGUUUUUAAUAGGGGGAAAAAGUGUAUUGUUUUAUAUUAAAUUGUAAUGUGUGUGUGUGUGUGUGUGGACUGUCUUUUUAAAACAAUGUAUUUUUUUUCUAGGUAAUUUUAAACUAUUAAAAAUUUUCAUAAAAAGGCAGGGAAAUAACCAGGUUUAUCGAUAAGGUUCUUGUCUGCCAUUAUUGAAUGUGGUUAACUCAUUCCCCCAGUCUUGAGUGCUUCCCUCACUGCCUUAAGCAUUCCAAGCCCUUAAUAACUGUAGUGUACUCAGCUGUCCCCCCUCCCCCCAUCCCUCUGCAGGUUUGGUAGUGAGACAGCUUUGUCCCUCCAAUUUAACCUCUGACUUCCCCACACUCUGCUAGAGCCUCCAGGGGAAUGAUACUGCAGCAGAGACUCUCCUAUAUCUGGCAGGCACACUCCAGGUACGUCCCAGAAUUCUCCACUGCGAGGUGAGAACCAUGCCUGGCUUCUGUCUGUGGCACAGGUCUGGGGUAGGGGGCUCGCGUUUGCAAAAUCUCACUGGUUAUCUGUAGACCUUCCUGGUGGAGCCAGGACGUCUGCUCUUCUGCCAUGUGAGUUACAUCGCUCUGCUUCUUUCUAAACAAUGUCCUUCACAAGCCUGUUUUCUCAUCGUUGCUUGGUGAAUGUAACUUUUAUCACACUUUUCAAACAUUUAAUCUAUAGCUAUACACGUACAGUAAAACAUUGUCACUGUUCAUCUAUAGCCUCUCCAGUACCCACUUUUGUCAUUAAUUUGAGUCCACUUUAAAAAAAAAAAAUCCGACUAAACACCUUGUGCACUUGCAGAUAUACAUUUGAUUCCAUGUACAUGGUCAAUGAAAGUUGUGAUAAUCAUAUACACUGGCAGGGAUUGUUACUGCACCUUGUUGCAUAAACUUGUUAUGUGGGUCAGGGCGCAACCCCACAUUUAAAGAUUAACGUAAAAUUAAUUUGCAGUUGGCACAUUAAUUCACAACCCGUAGCAAUCGGCGGGUACACUAAACCUUCUCUAUAAGAUGAGAAUUGAAUGGUCUCUGUGAUGUUGGAAAGUAAAAAUCAGUCUAACGCGUGUCUGUGCUGGAUUAUAUCUUGAUUUAUUUUGCAUAUAAUCCGUAACCUGCCCUGUACUUGGUUUGUGUGGUUGGUUACUCAAUGGGCGACUUACCUGAGCUUACACGGCUUCUUGUUCCCUUCUCUCCACUAGGUGGCUCCUACCUCCUCAAAACAGCACGGGGUGAAUGUUGGUGUCAACACAUCAGCUGCUGCCUUCCAGCAAGCUCCAAACUACGGGUCACAUGGGUACAGCACUGGUAAGGAAUGCUUGGAACUCAUGGGCUUAUGUCGGUUAUUUCCUGUGGGCAAACAGUUGGAAGAUCUAUUAGCCAGACCUACUACUUGAGUGGAUCAACCCGAAAUAAUUCACUCACUUGGUGUCUAUUAGAUCUAAAUCAGGACCACCAAAAAGGUAUUGAGCAAGGUAUCAUGCUCUUUACACUACAUUUAUUUAGUGGAAUGGUCAGCCAAGUUUAAGACAUGUGCACCCAAAUCAAAUGAGUCGGGCCGCUGGAGAAAAUUUACUUGAUUCUGAUGGGAAAACUAAAACGGUAGCUUCCACCAAGGCACCAAACAGUUCAGGAUUUCGACAUUUCCAGAUUCUGAUUCUGUGAGGAUAUUGGCAAAAUCUGGACUAAUGGUUUGCCUUUAGUGCUGGUUUGGGGACUCCUGAUCUAGAAUACAACCAAUGGCUGAUUUGCCCAAUAUCUUUAUUGGACAGUCUCUUCCUGAAAGCUUUGGAAAAAGAAACACAGUAAAUAUAUUGCUACGUAUCAUUUUCAUGCACAAAAACGAGCUGAUUUAUUACAUAAUCAUUUCAAAUCUGGACGUUCUACAGGGAAGUGAAUGCUCUUUGAAUAGCUGAUGUUUUCAAUUGAUAGCUCAUAUAAUUGAAAACAAAUUGCAUAUAAUAUUCUCUGUGUAAUAUUUUGUAAUGCUUUCGUAUAAAACCUUUUCAGUGCAUCUCUUGACUUUACCUUGUGCCAUGUAGACGGGCAUAUUUAAGUCCUAAUCAAAACUGCAUAGAUACAGCCGAGAGUUCAAGCACACUCACAAAUCCUGACAAUAUGCCAAGCGCUAGGCAUCUCAAAACACUUCCUGAGCUUAUUUCAGCCAUUCAAAUUGUGCACGCUUUAAUGUUGAAUAAGUGCUACUUCUGGCCAAAGACUUCUUAGGGAUGACCAAAACCACUGAGCAUGGCUGUUAACCAAUAUAUGCACUGAGCAGAGGUGUUUGCGUAUAUUAAUACAUUACAAAAAUAUUAAACAAAGAGGCCAUAAUACAUGUCCACAUGUUUCAUUUCAGUAAAAGUAAAAUAAAGUUUCCUUUAAUCAGGAGGAAACUAGAAUGGUAAGAGAGUGGUUUUUAGGUUGCUUUUAAUUCAUACGACCAGAGCCGCUGACUUUGAAUGCUGCAUUAAUUAUCAAAUGAUAAAUUGUCCAAUACGGGGCCAGUGGUGAUAUUUUUAAGUGAAGAGCUGCUGGAACCUUGGUGAGAUGUAAAUGAAGCCUUAAGGAUAGACAGACGUGGAAGGACUUUCCAUAUAAUGGGAGCUGUGUUGCUUACGUCUGUUUUCCGUCAAAGGUUUAAGCUAGGCCCUGGCUCAGGUAAAAAUGACUGGCUGCAGGGUUAGCUAUUCCCAAUCAAAAUAAAACUGAGCUGUGGACUUUGUAACUGCUGACCUCUCCCUGUGUGUCCUUGUGAUGGAAUGAAUUGUUCAUCCUCUGUGUGGCUGAAUGCUAUGGUAUCUCCUUUCACCUUCCCUCCCACACACCCUGCUACUCCUGUUUACCUCUUUCCUAGUCCCUCACUGCAACACGUCUGUCACCUCUGGUGGUCUGAGCAGCAGCAGGUGGGAAGCUGUAUGCAUCCCCUGCCCCAUGCCAGUUUAAGGGCCCCACCAUGUCCUUGGAUUGUCUGUUUAACCUCUUUAAGUGUAAUGUGCCCAUCACUGGUUUACAGCCUGUGCCCUUUGGUCAAAGUCCAAGUGGAUCCUGAAUUGCUUUUAAUUGACCGGGAUACCGAGGGAGGGUGAGUGCAUGAGUGCUUGGUGACUGGGUGCUCUGGUUGUCUGGAGGUGCGUGUGUUGCUUCCCAUGCUGAGGGCUGUGUCUGUUCGCAGGCUUUGAUGACUUGUGCCAGGUUUCCGGCGUGGGGGAUUUCUGUAAGGGUGCAUUUAGUGGGGCUUCUGCUGCUCAGAAUAAACCUGCUGCUGCUUCCACCAAUGGACCAGGCGCUGGUAAGUGCUCUCUCUCUCUGUCUGCUCAGUUUCAGUUUGUGAUUUCUUCCACUACCUCCUUUUCACUUCCUAGCAUCUCCCUCCCUUCCCAUCACCUCCUUCCCCUUUUUCUGAAAGUGUUACUGAGAGGAAUGGGACAGUGAAACCUUUCGGUAUCUCUCCCAGUGGGACAACUUCUAAAAGCUGUGUAACAGAGAUAAAUCCAGUCUUCAAAGCCCAUAACAGUGCAGAGGGUACAUGCGUGCUCACUACUCUUCCUACUUGAUCAAAGGUGGCUCGUUGUGCCUGCACUCCGUCAAUAGUGCUGUGUGUUUCUCUUGCCCUCUGCAUGAGAGAGGAAAGUGCAAUUGAUUCUUUUUACUUCUCAUACCCUGUGUGCUAGGAGACCUGCAUUUAAUUUUGAUAUAUAUAUUUUUUUAAAGCAGGAGACCAGCAUUAUCCAUGGCAAAUGUCUUGGCACAAGCCCCCCUCUGAUUAAGUAGAAACACUUUAAGGGUGCUUUGUGUUGGGAGAAGUCCUUUGUCAACUUUUGUCUCUAUUUGCCUGAUCCCUGCCUUAUUAUGGAGCUCUAAAGACUGGAUGUUGCCUGAAGUGAGGGUUCUUAUUACAGGAGAACAUAAUGCUUUCUCAGUUCCAAGAAAAGCAUGUUAAACCCAUUAUUUGCUAGUGUGUCAUUGAAUCACAGAACAGCUUACAAAAAGCUUUUAAAAUUGCCAUCUGAAGAUUGUUUGAGUUCUGUUUGAAAUGAUCAUUUCUAAAUAGUCUUUUAUUUUUUUUGGUUUUGGUUUUAUUUUGUUAUCUUUGCUGGGAAAGUUACACACCUCUAAAAGGGUCACCCCUUCCACCCCGUGAUAUAUUAAAAAUCACCUUUCCCCACAGGUGUGUCGGUCACCUCUAGCAACACGGGAGUGCCUGAUAUCUCUGGUUCUGUCUAUUCUAAGACACAGGUAUGUUUGUGCAGAAAGCAUGACAGCUGCUUGAGUGCGUGUUUGGAAAAUGUCUCCCCCCAAAAAUUGCUCAGGGGUGUCAUACUUUGUCCUUAUGUGCUACCUUUUCUUGAAUUGGCUUGCAACAGGUCAUUUCCUGUGAAUUAUGGAAUCAUGGUUAAUAACUGGCUUGGCCAAAGUUUGACAUUCUCCUGUCUAUCAUCAGCAAAGUGUUCAGCUAACUCCUAUCACUCUAGCACGCACUAAGUCUAGAGGGCCUAUACAUUUCCAGUCGUGGUGAAGGUAAAUAGACUGCAGCCCUCUAGUCAUGGUGUAACUUUAAAUCAUUUGUGGAUGUUAGGGCACACGCAGUGUUUGGAUACUAAAACUUGUGGAUUACAUGUUUUGUAAAUUGUGUCCAGCAGCAAAUGAAUAUGCAGAUUUUUUACCUAUGCUGUGCAUUGUGUCUUUGUUCUACUUGUUCGAGAUUAGCACUGAAAUCUGAGCCAGAUGCUUCCAAACAUACUGCCAAGAUUGAAAACGUUUGGUCUGGGAUUACAAUUACGUUUUAAAUCAAAUGCAGAACAGCUAAAUUAAAUAUAGUCAUGAAAUGCAUUUGAAAACCCUAAUUCUGCGUAUCGCAAGUUGGAAAGUUACCCUGAUUUCUCUGAAUUCUAGCACCUGACUCCAUGGCCUCCCAACCUGCAGGGCCGUGCCAGAAGACUCUGGCGUUUGUGAUGUUAAUGUGUUGAUCCUCACUAAUUUAAUUCCGUGGUAUGGAUCACUGGUUUCUGGGUCCAACAUGUUUGCUCAAGGAAGAUGUCAACCGUAAAAUUUUAAAAGAAUAUUCAUAGUACUAUAGUAAUUAGUACCACCUGCUGUAUGGUUAUAGUGCUCGGAGCGCUUUGGCGUCUCACCCACAGUAAUCUAACAAACCAUUUUAGAACAGUCCGGCAACUUAAAUUCCCUGUCUGCCAUCAUUGCAUCCAGUGUCCUCAUACGGGAAAAGCUUUAGGUCUUUGUUAAAGGAUUACUCCAACCAUUAUAACCACUACAUCCCACUGUAGAAGUUCUUUGGACAUUUACCCAAGUAAUAGGGCAGACCAUUUUGCAACGAUUUGCCCUCUAACCUGGGCUUUGCCAUGCUCCGAAUUUUCUUUGGCAGAUUUCUGGAAUUUGACUUCUGCAGAGUUUCAGAAGCCGGAUGCCGAGCCUGCGCUCUUUGGCUGAGCGUGUCAACUGCCUGCUCUGUCAACCAAUGAGCAUCUGUGCAUCGAAUUUUGCACACAAUUGACAUUUUCCAGCUCUGAGCUUUUGUUCUGGACUGGCUGAUGACAUGGACAGAAGUUGAGUUAAACCUCUGGCAGCAAAGUGGUAAAACUCUGUAUGUGCGUUUCAUUGGAAAACACUGCACAUACAGACUCGCUGACGUGUUUAUAAUUCUUGGAGUGACCCUUAAAGUGAGGCAGAUCAAACGCUGCUGACGCACUCUGCCAAUGAGCACAAACUUUUGUCAGAUAUGCUCAGCUCAAUGGAGCCAACCCGAUUCUCCAUGUAAAUUCACACACAAAACUUUUUUGUUAAAUACCCUGCAUGUGAUUGCUGUCUUAUUAGACACAAUGUGUUAUGUUCUAUUUUAUGUUUUUGAUCACCCAAUUUCAUUCCUCAGCAAUCUUUCGAGAAGCAGGGAUUCCACACUGGCACCCCAGCCACGUCCUUCAACCUACCCUCGGCCCUAGGAAGCGGGGGACCCAUCAACCCAGCCACAGCGGCCGCCUACCCCCCAGCUCCAUUCAUGCACAUCCUAGCUCCGCAUCAGCAGCCGCAUUCCCAGAUCCUACACCACCACCUCCAGCAGGAGGCUCAGGUAAUACCACAUUGGUGACUAAAUGACAGUUCCUUUCUUCCCAUGUAAGCAUAAAUGCCUGAAUCUAUUUCUUCCCUGCAGGAAGAGCACCAUACUCUAAAUUAUUUGUUUUAAAUAUGCACUGUCCUGUGUGCUGUAGGAGUAUUUAAUGGCCGAUAAGACUGCAAAUAUCCCUUGUAGUCUCUUUACAUUAAUAUUUAUUCCUGGUUGUUUAUCUUUACCCUCUUCAGAACUUGUCACAACCUCUUUGAACCUUGUUCUUAGGCUUUUAAUUUUUUUCUCUCUUGAAAAAGGCCAUCUGUGGUAUGAAAUCCAUUUUCUGAGUUGAACUCUUUUUAAUUCAACUAGUUCCCUCUUUAGUAAGUCCAAUGCUUUGGCUUUCUUUGAUUAAUUUUUCUGGGCUCUGUAAAGUUGCCAAAUGUUCAGUCUGGGAUAUAAAUGCUGGUUAUAAAAAGUAGACAAGAUUGAAAGUUUCAGUUUAAGCAAGGAAGUUACUUUUGUUUCCCUUACAGACAAGAAUGGUUUACACAGGAGGAGAGCUAGACAAUGGGACAAUAAUAAUAUAUAGAGAAAUAUAAUGGGACAAUAAUACGCUGGGUUUUUAGUAUUGGGAAAUGUACUAAGCAGGCUCAUUCACAGAAACGUAUCUUGGGUUUACAAGAAAAAUGCCUAAACUUCAACUAUAGGUAGAGAUUUAUUGCAAGGUUUAUUGAAGGCAGUAAUUUGGGAUGUUUAUUGAAGACAGCAAAUUGGGACGUAAGUAAAAAAAAAAAAACCCUACAUUUAUAGAGCAUAUCUGAAAAAAAAAUAAUAUAAAACUCUAGCAAGUGCUUGACUUUAUAGAAAGAGUAAAUACAUGUUAAUAUUCCCACGUGGAAAGUGGACACAGUUAUCACUACAAUGUCGCGUAAUACCUGUUCUUAGGUAAUUCUUGGUAAUGCACAUUGCUGAUUAGGAGUCUAGAAGAUAUUCUCUUUCUCCGUUCCACUAGCCGUACUCCUCACACCAUUUGCUCUGUGGACUGUUUGCCUUGUUUAUUUACAGCCAUACAGAUGAAUGCAGGGAGUAGCUGCGCAAAUGACCGCACUAUAAAACGGUGCUACCAGACAACGUAAAUAAGAUGUAAGCCUUUUGUUUUCUCUUUGCUAACAUCUCUUCCUGUAUCUCUCCGCAGGGUGGCGCUGGACAGCGGACCCAGGGAGCAUCUAUGCCACAGAAGUCUCAGCCCAGCAAAUCGGCGUACAGCAGUUAUAGUUGGGGGAGCAACUAACCGGUGGAGUCGCUCCCCUGCACUCCCCAAAGAACACUGCGUGACAGAGAAGACAUUAUAGGAGCAAUGCACACAAUGUCAAAACAAAGUUCCCUUUUCUGCGCCCAUUUAGGGCCCAAAUGGCUCUCUCCAUUCUUCUCGUUAUAUGUAAUAUAGAAUUUGUAUUUUUUUUCCUCCUCGUUUUCUGCAGUCGAAGUAUGAAUCGUUCGCUAUUUUAGGAGAGGGCCGUUCUUUAAUUUUGUUUUAUGGUUUUCUUUUUUUUUUCCUUUAUUACCUCUUUUUGCAGAGGUAACAGGGGAAACACAGGCCCCUUCUAAGAGCGAUCUCUGUAUACCUAGGAUGGAUUGCUAUGAAACCUGCAUUGUAUGAAUAAUUAGUUGACGUGUUUUUUUUGUACUGUGUUCUAAAUUUAAUGCAUAAAUGUGUCUUGUAUAUAUAAAAGAAAAACACAGCUGCAUUUCUGAAUUUUCUCAAAUUUGUGCCUUCAAAGCAUUAAGAAUGUAC